CAGUAACACACUAGUAUAGAAGAGUUCAUCGUUGUCGAGCACUCUCUGUGUAUUUUGCAUAAUUACUUUUUCGUUCGACUUGACUUCAUCACAAACACUUGAAUAUAUUGACUCUAAAUCUACAACACUAUCGAAUUGGGGCACCUCACAAGGCCCAGCACUUCCCCCCACCCAGUGCGGGCCAGCUAGUUUUCCUGCCGCUGUGUUGUGUUGCUGUUUGAUGGAGCGACGGGAAUUACAUUCCCGACGUGUGUGCCCAGCUGCAUAACAGAGGAAGCAUAGGUGGUUAGAAUAACAAUGAUCCAUUGUGCUGUGGUUCGCAUCCCCACACACUUUGCAUUGCAAAGGCGGGUUCUCCCUUCUGGGCCUCCUCUGGAAACAGUUAUUAUAGCCGAAGCUAGGAUAACACAGACGCCCAGGCACAGACUCAGAAGCUAGGAUAACACAGACACCCAGGCACAGACUCAGAAGCUAGGAUAACACAGACGCCCAGGCACAGACUCAGAAGCUAGGAUAACACAGACGCCCAGGCACAGAGCUGAAAUGGGAGACCUACCGAUCCAGAUGAAGGACCAGCGGUCGUGGCUCCACCACCCAGCCAGCGUGCACCAGGACGGGAUAACAGUAGAGGGGCUCAUUCGUCGGUCCCUGGAGGCCAAGGAGUUCACCUACUGCCCCUACAGCCGGUUCAGGGUCGAGGCAGCCCUCCUGGCCCACGACGGCAAGGUGUUCACAGGCUGCAAUGUGGAGAAUGCGUGUUACAACCUGGGGGUGUGUGCAGAGAGGAAGACCAUCUGUAAAGCAGUGUCAGAGGGUUACAGGAGCUCCAAGGCCAUCGCUAUCGCCAGUGACUUAAUCGACCAAUUCAUCUCACCAUGCGGUGGCUGCAGACAGUUCAUGAGAGCGUUUGGGGCCAGCUGGGACGUGUAUCUGUCCAAGCCAGACGGCUCGUACGUAGAGAUGAACAUAAGCGAUCUGCUUCCUGUCUCCUUCGGACCUGAACACCUGUCCAUGAAGAAAGUCUUAAAGAUCCCCAACCAGUAUUAACCUGUUAAUCUCCUACCUGUUAACCUAUUACCUGUUAAUCUCCUACCUGUUAACCUAUUACCUGUACACAGCCUGUUCUAACUACCACUGUUUCAUAUUUAACCCUACUAGGAAACAUAAAGCAUUGGUGCUUUUAUAAAUCAGGAGAGAGAAGUCGUUAAAGCCACUGUUAUGUUAUAAAUUAUCAAUAUAUAUUUUGGAAGUAAUAUAUGUGUCUGGAAAUCUAUUGGAGGGCUGCGACACCAUUCUUCCACGAGAAAGUCCAUAAUUUGGUGUUUUGUUGAUGGUGGUGGAAAACGCCGCUCCAGAAUCUCCAAUAAGUGUUGAAUUGUGUUGAGAUCGGGAGACUAUGGCUGCAUUUACACUUUUUUGCCACUAAUUGGUCUCUUUGACCAAUCACAUCAGAUCUUUUCACAUCAGAUAUUUUUAAGAUCUGAUUGGUCAAAAUACCAAUUAGUGAAAAAAAGAUCAGAAUUGGGCUGCCUGUCUAAACAGAGCCUGAAACACACACACACAACCCUUUGUGCCUUUGGAAUGUUAAUUGCUUAAUUAACUCAGAAAACACACCUGUGUGGAAGCAUCUGCUUUCAAUAUACUUGGCAAUGUAUCACGUAUUUCCUUUAUUAUGGCAGUUACCUGUAUAUCAUUGAAAUAGAGUAGCUUGAGGGUGACUGGAUGUAGAAUUCUAAUCUUGCAUUGAUGCGUGGUCAGCAUUUUUCAUGCUGCGGGCAGGAGCAGGCCAUCAGACAGACGACUUUGGGAUGAAAAUAUUUUUUGUUGUCCCACAGAUUAUUUGUAAACAGUCUACUUUUUGCUUUGCAUGCGUUAGCCUAAAUAUUGUAUUAAAAACACAUAUUUUUUGUAUUCAAA